UGGAGCUGCUAGCGCGAACGACACGCCAAGGCCGGAUGACGGAACUCUGAGCUCGACCAUGGCGGCGGUGCACGGCAGGCUUCCACGAUCAACACCAACGACCAUCCAUCUCCAUCGCUUGCGAAACAGUACCUUAGUGGCCCUCGAACUCCCUCGUUGGCCCAGCUCUCUCCAAUCUACAACUCACCCUCUGCGCUCGAAGCGCCGCCGUCGAAAAGCUUCCCGCCUCCGAAUAGCCGCAGAGCUCAAAGCCGCCCACCAUGGUCAAACCCGUCGUUUCUGCCAUGAAUGCAUGGACAUGCAUCGUCCUGUCUGUUUUCGCGAUCGUCAUUCUGUCCACAAUUGGAGCGCUCUUCAAAUCGGGUAGUCACACGAUGCUUGGUGGGGACGAGGAUCCUGAGGACGGCAGCGCUGUUGCUGGCGCAGUGUUCGGCGCAGUGUUCAUCUACAUUGUACGCGGAGCUCGAAGUCAUGUUGUAACCAUCAUUUCUAACGAGGCGCAGGGUUUCUUCGUCUUCUGUGGACUCCAGGCUUUCCUUCACCUCCGCGAGAGCCGUCGCGGCGCGAUAAGCCUAUCCUGAUCGCAUAUCUGAUGUCUUGUCUGACGCAUUCACGCACGGCAUGUCUCUUCUGAUCGGGAAUAUGAGGCGAUAAUAGAUGCUGCAAUGUUGGUGGUUCAUGGUCGAGUUGGAGAAAUUAGAGAUUUUGCUUUCUCACACAGCACACGGCGUUGAAGGGGAUGGGUGUUUGAUACCGAAUUAUAGGUGCAUGUACAGUUCACACGACAUAUCCGUCAAUAUCAAUUUUGACAUUAUACACGACCUUAC